CGGGCCGGGCCCCCCACGGGCCCCGGGGCUGCCCGCGGCCAUGGCGGCGGCGCAGGUGUCGUCGUCGCGCCGCCAGUCCUGCUACCUGUGCGACCUGCCCCGCAUGCCCUGGGCCAUGAUCUGGGACUUCACCGAGCCCGUCUGCCGGGGCUGCGUCAACUACGAGGGCGCCGACCGCAUCGAGUUCGUCAUCGACACGGCGAGGCAGCUCAAGCGGGCCCACGGCUGCUUCCAGGACGGCCGCUCCCCGGCCCCGCCGCCCCCGCCGGCGGUGGUGGGGCUGAAGCCGGGGGGCCUGGCCGCCAAGGACCCGCCCGCCGCCUCCGCCGCCGCCGCCGCCUCCGCCGCCGCCGCCGCGCAGCUCAACCACGUCGACGCCUCCGGGAAGGCCGCCGUGCUGUCCGCCCCGUCGGGGCUGGACCGCUACGGGCUGAGCGCCGCCGCCGUGGCCGCCGCCGCCGCCGCCGCCGCGGCCGCCGCCGCCGCCGCCGCCGACCAGCGAGGCCGCUUCGACUACCCCCCGCCGCCCGGCGGCCUCGGGGCAGGACCGGCCCACCGGCUGCCCAACGGGCUGGGCGGCCCCAACGGCUUCCCCAAGCCGGGGCCCGACGACGGGCCGCCCGAGCUCAACCGCCAGAGCCCCAACUCGUCGUCGGUGGCGGCGGCGGCGGCGGCCUCGGCCGCGGCCUCCCCGGCCUCGGCCUCCUCGACGGCCCGGCGCGGAGGCCACGUGGGGCUGGGGGCCGCCCUGGCCGGCGGCGUGGGGGUGGGGGGUCCCGGGAUGAACGUGCCGCCCAGCCUGCUGCCCCAGACGCUGCUGAACGGGCCGGCCGGGCUGCCCCCGCCCCCGCCCCACGGGCUGGCCGGCCGGCCGGCGCCCCCGGCCUCGACGGGCCCGGGCGGCGUGGGGCCGUCGGGGCUGGCGAGCGGGUCCUCGGCGGCGGCCGCCUCGUCCGCCUCGUCGGCGGCGGCCUCGUCGUCGUCGUCCGCCUCGUCGUCGUCGUCGUCCGCCUCGUCGUCGUCGUCGUCGUCGUCGUCGUCGUCGAGCGAGGCCUGCGGGGCGAAGCGGGCCGGCUCGGUGUCCGGCUCCGACCAGGAGCGGGAGCUGAAGGAGAAGCAGCGCAACGCCGAGGCCCUGGCCGAGCUGAGCGAGAGCCUCCGCAACCGGGCCGAGGACUGGGCCGGCAAGCCCAAGGCCGUGCGCGACACGCUGCUGACCCUGGCCGGCUGCACGCCCUACGAGGUGCGCUUCAAGAAGGACCACUCGCUGCUCGGCCGGGUCUUCGCCUUCGACGCCGUGGCCAAGCCCGGCCUGGACUACGAGCUGAAGCUCUUCAUCGAGUACCCGGCGGGCUCGGGCACCGUCUUCUCCAGCGCGUCGGGCGUGGCCAAGCAGAUGUACCAGGACUGCAUGAAGGACUUCGGCCGCGGCCUGUCGUCGGGCUUCAAGUACCUGGAGUACGAGCGGAAGCACGGCUCGGGGGACUGGCGCCUGCUGGGCGACCUGCUGCCCGAGCCCGUGCGCUUCUUCAAGGAGGCCGUGCCCGGGCCCGACCUGCUGCCCCAGCCCUACCUGGACGCCGGCUGCCCGCUGCUGCCCACGGCCCUGGUCGGCCUGCCCCGGGCCCCCGGCCCCGGCCCCGGCCCCGGCCCCCUGAGCCUGACCCCGGGCCCGGCCGGACCCCCCUCGGGCCGCGGGGCGGCGGCGGGGCUGCGCAAGAGGAAGGCCUCCCCGGAGCCCCCCGACUCGGCCGAGGCCGCCCUGAAGCUCAGCGAGGACCAGCAGCGGCAGCAGUGGAUGGCCAGCCAGAGCGAGGCCCUCAAGCUGACCAUGGCGGCCGGGGGCUUCGGGCCGGUGCACGGCGCGGGGGGACCCCCGCCGCCCCCGCCGCCGCCCCCGCCGCCGCCCCCGCCGCCGCCCCUGGGCCCCCACCCCAACCGGACCACCCCGCCCGAGUCGGCCCCCCAGAACGGCCAGAGCCCCAUGGCCGCGCUCAUGUCGGUGGCCGACACGCUGGGCAAUGCCCACUCGCCCAAGGACGGCGGGGCCGGCGGGGCCGGCGGGGCCGGCGGGGCCGGGGGCCCCGUCCACUCCACCGGCUCCGCCCGCAGGAACAGCAGCAGCCCCGUGUCCCCCGCCUCCGUGCCGGGCCCGCGCCGCCUGGCAUCGCGCAACGGCGACCUGAACUUGCAGGUGUCCGGGCCCCCGCCGCCCCCGCCCCCGCCGCCCGCCGCCCACCCGGGCCUGGACCAAGUGCACCCGCAGAACAUUCCCGACUCGCCCAUGGCCAACAGCGGGCCCCUCUGCUGCACCAUCUGCCACGAACGCUUGGAGGACACGCACUUCGUCCAGUGCCCCUCCGUGCCCAGCCACAAGUUCUGCUUCCCCUGCUCCAGGGAGAGCAUCAAGGCCCAGGGCGCCACCGGUGAGGUCUACUGCCCCAGCGGAGAGAAGUGCCCCCUGGUCGGCUCCAAUGUACCUUGGGCCUUCAUGCAGGGUGAAAUCGCCACCAUCCUAGCCGGGGACGUUAAAGUCAAAAAGGAGAGAGACCCCUAAGGCCCCGCCGAUUCCCCCCCUCCCCCCCCAUCCAUCCCUCCAUCCAUCCAUCCAUCCAUCCAUCCAUCCAUCCAUCCAUCCAUCCCCUUGCCUUCCCUUGGCCCUUCUCCCCUUGGCCCUCCACCACUCCUCUUCCCCCUCCCCUGCCCAGCUCGCC